AUGGCUCAGCCACAACCAUCCACCAAGACUGAAGGGUCAAAGAUGUUGGAGCUGGAUACCAUCCAGACAUUUUUGAAUAGCGACGGCUCAUUGGACGUCCUCUUGACCAGACUCAAACAGUCAAUCAACACAGGAGAUGAAAUCGCCAAGUAUGUGAAGAAGAAGGCAAUGAUUGAAGAUGACCACUACACGCAAUUAAAGAAAUUUGCUGGUCAGGUGCGAGGACUGUUGAAGAAUUCGAAAAAUUUGAAAAAUGACGGCUUCAGCUUGCAUUUCGACCAAGUGGUGGAAUUUGACGAGAAACUCCAUGGUGUCGGCUCCUCGUAUGUGAAGGCCUUGAAUGUCAUGUAUGACGAAUUGGUGUCUUUGGUCAAUACCAUUAGUCGCUCGCGGAAAGUUAUCAAGGAAGAGAGCAAGAGGAAAGAAAAGGAUUGUGCCGACUCCAUUGCGUUGGCCGAAAAGGCGAGACAGAAGUACCAUCAUUUGUGUGAUGAUUUGGAGAAGGUGAAAACGUCUGACCCAAACAAGAAGUCUUUUUUGAAGAACAAGACCGCCGAGCAGCAGGAAGAUGACUUGCAGAGAAAGGUGGAUGCUGCAGACCAAGAUUACAGGCUGAAAGUUGGAACUUGUAAGAAAUUGAAGGACGAGCUUUUGAUGAUUCACAGGCCCGUGAACUCCAAGAAGUUGAUGAACUUGAUUUUGGAAAUGGAUGUGGCGAUGAAUGUUCAGUUGCAGAAAUUUGCAACAUGGAGUGAAACCCUCAUAAUGAACUCUGGUGUGCUCAUUUCCCCAAUCCAAGCCGGCAAGCUGUCCAUGAAGUCGAUUGUUAGCACUAUCGAUAAUGACAUGGACUUGUACAACUAUCUUAUCAAGAAUUCCAAGAACCCAACCAAUAAAGCCUUGGUUCCUGUGGAAUACGUUGCACAUCCCUCGUUUGCAAAGGACAUCAAACCUUCCAAGCCAUUUUUUGCAAAUAAUGCACCCAAGAACAACCACAUGAACUUGUCCGCCGUUGUGGCUAACCCACACUCUUCAAGCACGCCGGUCAGUGGUGAGCAUGACUUCAGAUCUACUAGUGACUCUCAAUCCACUGCCAUUCCGUCCGACAGUCAUUACGAGUCACAAACGUCUGCAUAUCAGUACAGCUCUUUGGACCCCGGCAAUAACGACUUGAAUGGUCCAAGGUCAUUGAGUCUGAUUGCCCAACACUCACAACCCACUUUUGGAGCCUCUAUCGAAGAAGUUAUCAAAUUUGCUGGAAUUGAUAACGUUCCUUUGGUGGUGAAAAGAUGUAUUGAUGUGAUUGAGACAUACGGUUUAAAUAUCGAAGGUAUUUACAGAACAAGUGGAAACAAAGCGACCGUACAACAGUUGAAGGACUCCAUUGACUCUAGCUUUGCCAACUACUUGGUCAUUGGUAGCAACAUUGAUCCAAAUAACGUGUUGGAUGCGGAUAUUUAUUGCACUGCCUCAUUGUUAAAGAUCUAUUUUGCAAGUCUUCCAGAACCACUAUUAACGGAGGAGUACUAUCAAUCCUUUAUUGAAACGGUCAAGUCGGUUGAUGAAACCUUCAUUGCCAAGAAGUUGCAUCACUUAGUGUACAACCUACCUGAUGGUGCAUACUUCACGUUAAGAAGUCUUAUUUUCCAUCUUAAUAAGGUGGCUGCGAACCAAGAUGUGAACAGAAUGAAUGCGAAAUCGUUAGCCAUUAUCUGGGGCCCUGCUAUUCUCAGUGAUAAUUCCAUGUCUCCUCAGGACCUCAGUUGCAAGAGUAAAGUUGUGGAGGAGUUGAUGCUCAUUGCUGACCAAAUCUUUGACGCCGACUAG